GAGACAAUGUGUUUGGCUAGUGCAAGGAAAUAGUAUAGGAAUUCAACCGGACUGUCACGUGCUACUGAGAGACAGAGAGCGCAGAGGUCCAGCCAGUUGGUAAAGAUUAAUAAGAAGAAGAAAAAAGGCACAAGGCAGCGACUAGCGAGAUAAACAUGGAGGUUUGGAGCAGCUCGGGCACAGAGGAGAGCGAGAGAGAGAGUACCAUCAGUCAGGAUGAGGAAGAUGAGGAGGAACAGGAGCACAAAAAUCUUUUAAGCGAGCUGGAGAAAGUGCUGUGCUCAGAGCGGGUUGGCCAGGUUACAAAGACAUACCAUGAUAUUGAGGCGGUCACACAUCUUCUAGAAGAGAAAGAACGUGAUCUGGAGCUAGCAGCUCGAAUUGGCCAGUCACUGCUGAAACAGAACAAGGCCCUAACAGAACGUAAUGAGCUGCUGGACGAACAGCUGGAGGUCGCUAAAGAGGAGAUUGCUCAGCUGCGUCAUGAGCUCUCCAUGCGAGAUGAUCUCCUGCAGCUGUACGCCGGUCCCGAGGAGAUAGAAGUUGCUGCACAAUCAAGCACACCGAUCAGACGAAACGAGUCGAACUCUUCUCUUAGCAACUACGUCCACUAUGAUUUCCUGCAGAAGAAGCUCAAGAGCCUGGAGGAAGAAAACCUCAAACUGCGUGCCACGGCUGAUGACUUAACAUCAGAAACCAGCAUCUAUGAAGAGCAGGAGCAGCAGCUGAUGAUGGUGUGUGUUGAAGAGCUCUCAUCAGCGAAUAAGCAGGUGGUGGCGCUGUCAGAGGAGCUGGCUCGUAAAGUGGAGGACUCUUUCCGACAGCAGGAGGAGAUUAGCUCUUUGCUGGGUCAAGUGGUCGACCUGCAGCAGCGCUGUAAAGUGCUCAUCAGAGAGAAUGAGGAACUCACUCAGCACCUAAACACUUCACGGGAAAGCCAGUCACAGCUUAAAACAGAGCUGAAGGAACUGCAAGAGAGGUACGCAGAGUGUAAAGACAUGCUCCAGGAAGCCAGAGAGGACAUCAAGAACCUGCGCAAUAAGAGUCUGCCCAACAGCACGGUGCAGCGGUACAGCUCGCUGGCUGCGGUGCUCCCCAUGGACUCAAUCGCUGCUGAAAUUGAAGGAACCUUCCGCAAGGGCCUGGACAGUCCUGCUCCAUCAGAGUACAAGACCCAUCCAUGGCGUGUGUUCGAGACAGUGAAAGUGGCCAAUCAAGCUGCACGACUGCGCUCUCGGUGUCUCUCACCGCAGGUCAGUGGUUCUAGUCCUGCCUCCUUGCUGUCCAGUCGAAACAGCACACCACGCACUAGCUACUACGGGUCUGACUCCAUCAGCCUCAACCUGGAGGACAAACCCCACUCCUCAACACCGUUACAGGAACAGAGCUUCGUAGAAUCAAAGCGUCUGGGUCAGCCGGGCAUGCCAGGUGGUCAAGAUCUGGAGAAAGCUCUACGUUCCCUCUCUGCACGCCAGGAGAGCCAUUCUUCUGAUCGUCCCUUCUUUGAUGUGGAACGUGAGAGGAAGCUCAGGGCCCUUGGAGGCAGCAGUGCAGAAGGCUCCAGUGGUUUCCUUACACCCAAUGACAGCUUGGGAUCCACGGGAACCAACUAUUCAGGAAGCUCACAGCAUUCAUCCGGGUCAUCCAGCUCCCGCUCCUACCUGCCUGAACGCUUGCAGAUAGUCAAACCACUGGAGGGUUCAGUCACGCUGCACCACUGGCAGCAGCUGGCGAAACCCAACCUUGGGGGCAUUCUUUAUCUACGGCCAGGCAUCCUCACCAAAGACUUCAGGGAACUGGAUGUGGAUGUUCAGCAUGUUUAUAGCCUCAAUGACCUUGAGGAGGAUGAGCCCAACUGGUCCAAACUCCCUAACCCUAUUCACAUCCCUAUUGUCUCUUCAUCUGGAUCCAACUUCCCCAACACCUGUCCCACCCACACCAUCACCAACACUCAGAUCCUCCAUCCCUCUGUCCUGCUCUCCUCCUUUUCCACUAGCUUUCAGUCUCAUAACCUGUCCACCACUGGGAGCAGUGAGCCUGUAAGUCAUCAGCAUGGUGCCUUCCAUAGACCUGCCAUGAAUACGUCACACACCUUAGGACUUCUUCAGCUUCUUAAAGAGCGAGGUAUCUCUGCUUUAACACAACCCAGCUUGCCUCCCAGGAUCAGACCUUCUACCAGCACUUUAACAGCAGAGACAAACCAGGGACACAGAGGAGCGAAACAGCUGAGGAGGAACAUUUUUAGCUUCAACCUGGUUGAAAAGCUUCAGAGUCUUGGUCUUUAUAAAGUGGUAGCCAGAGGAUACCUAGACUCAGGGAAGACACAAGGAAAUCCACACAAUGCUUCAACAACAAAAUACUGAACACCGGCUUGCAGCAGAGCUACUGUUCUUCCAUUUUGUAUUCAGCAGAUUGAACUUCUUAUCAAGUGUCACGUUUAUAAUUGAACAUUUAAAAGCCAUAUACAUGUGGAGUGGUCCUUGUAGUAGUGAGAUCUCAUAUUGGUUGUAAAUAAAUAGGAUACCUUGCUAGCAAGAUGGUAGACAUUAUAACAGUCUGAGGUACAUAAUGUACUGUAGCUUCUGUAUUUAUUUUGCUAUCUUAUGUGUUCUGAACACGUAUCUUAAUCGGAUGAACUGUUCUUUCAGUUUGCUUUAAGAACUAGUCAUGUUUUAUUUUAUUUUAUUAUAUGGCAGUCAGCAUAUAAUUCUGCUUCACCCUUUGUCUUGACAUAUGCGAGCACUAUAUAUUAUUUAUAUAUUUAAAGACCAGUGACCUCUCAUUUGUCUGAGUACUGGAUGACCUGUGACUCUUCAUGGGUUAGUAAUUAGUUGUUUUUAUGAAUGCGCACAUUUGUACUAUUAGAAAUACUACAUGACCUGAGCAUAUUGUUCAGCAUGUCUAGUUGGACGCAAUAUUCUAAGAUUAAUUCUUUUGGAAUAUAUUUAAAUGUCCCAAAAUGCACUGGGGCUUAGUUGGGAAUAUCCACAAGCAUGAUGCUGUAUACUGUAUGCUGUAUAAUAGUCAUAGGCCGACUGUUAAAGCUGUUAUAUAGCAUUUUUUAGAGACUUGUACUUGUGCCGUUUCUGAACACAUGAACACACACUGGCUAUUUAGAACUUUUAAACAUUUUCAAGUGCAGAUUUGUGAUAAUAAGAGAUCGAAGGAGAGUUUAAUUACUUUCACCCAUAGAUGUCUUACUUUCAGUAUUAUUCCUUGGAAACACCAAACCGGUUAUAGCAGGUCUUUUAAAAUAGCUUCUGACAUGUUUCUGUAGAAAAUUUCAUAGGAAACAUCAGAACAACAGAAAAUAUUUACUGUAGCUGUUACUGACAGUGAGCCAGGUGUUGUAAGAACUGUUUGUUUUUUUAUUUUUUAUUAUUUGGAAUUAUCUAAUAAUAUUUCUGAAUCAUAACCACUGGACACAUUUUAAACUUGCCCAAGAUACUAUUACAAUAUCAGCAAGGCUCCUUUGUUAAGGUGGUUUAACCUAUCAUCAAUUACAUCACGAUCGUGUUUUGUUCUUUGUGCCUUACACUUUGCAUUAACAUGUGUUUUCAACAGUUCAGAUGCAAUAUCAAGAUACACAUUUUAAUGUAAGUUUCUGUAGAAGUAACUGUAAGUAAUGUAGCUGAGGACCUGGACAGCUUUAUUACAUUUAAACUUGAAUAAAACUUUGGCCAUUAUAGCUAUCAUGUUGAUACAUACUGUAAGAAACCUACUGUAUUUAUCUUCCUAAAAACAUUUCCUUUGGCAAUAAGUACCAUGUGUACAUAUGUAUAUAUUAUGCACAGCCAAUCAUCCAAAAAAAAAAAAAAAUCUGAUUUAGGUUUGUAACUUUGAUAUGGAAGAAUUGCGAGUGACGCUUGAGCCCUACACUACUGCAGAAAUGGUAGAAAUAGUAAUUGCACUAUAAUUACACUUUGCAUUUCAUUUGUAGCAUAGGAAACUUUGGUAAAUAAAUAACAAAAAAUGUACAUAAUCACUGAAUGUACUGUAGACUUUUUGAUUACGAAUGUGUCGCACCUAAAGAUUGUAUCUUUGUGUUAUUUCUUUUGUAAAUGUAUGUACAAUGCCAUUAGUUUGCACCCAUGAUUACUGUUAUAAAAUGUAAUUGAAAUAAUAGCUGUGCACAGCUCAUUAUGUAAAUGAGUGUUGCAGUGUUCCAAUAAAAACAAGAAUUUGGCAUAAUAAUUAGUAGAUCUUUAAAAAAAAUUUUUUUUUUAUUUAAUUUUAAAGGUUACAGUUAUUUAUGUAUUACAUUCAGUAAUUAGAAAAUAAUUUGCAGUUAAUAAAUAAGGAAUGGGCUCAAUCAUUGUAGUCCAAGUAAGGAAUAAUAGGUUAGACCAUGCUGUAGGGCUACACUUAAAUGACGCUUGUGGGGAAUUGGGAGGCCAUCUAGCAUUAUUUUUGUAUAAUAGUUUCUCUGUCAUGCAUUUUCCUCAUGUACAUUUGUAUUUUUAUU